GAUAGCGACAUAUUAUAGAUGUUUAAACAUUUUCUAAGUUUAUUCGAUUUUUCAUGAAAGAGAAUUCGUAAAAUCGUUUUAUCUAAGAAAGUAAACCAUAUUUUAAUCACAAAUCUAAAAAUGCAGAGAAUAUUAUUGGUGGUCGUCUUACUUUCCCUCCUGCUUCCAGCCCCACAAGUUCAAGCCUGUUUAUGCCUUCUUCUAGGCAGUGCGUUCAAAUGUCCUGAACCCCCAACUUGCUGUGACAGUGGAUUCUAUGCCCUUGAUGAGUGCGGCUGCUGCAUGAAAUGCGCAAAGGCUGAGCUGCAGAAGUGUGGUGGAGCAUCUGAUAUAUCAGGCAAAUGUGGAGAUGGGCUUCAAUGCCUAAAAACAUGCUUGCCCUGCAACACUGUAGGAGAUAGUGGAUUACCUUGUAUAUUUCCUUUUACUUAUCAAAACCAGACAUAUACGGAGUGUACAGCCAGGGAUUCUGACACCAGACAACCCUGGUGUGCUACAGCUGUGGACUCUGACGGUGUUGUAAUUGAUUAUGCUUGGGGGGAUUGUGCCGAGGGCUGUCCAGGAACAAGGGUUGAGUGCGAUGAGAGAUAUUUCUCAAUACAGGAAGGAGUUUGUAUUGAUGUUUCAGUCCCAGGAGCUAUACCAAAUUGGUUUGGAGCCCCAGCAGUUAAAUUAGAAAAACCAACUGAGAUACUUUUCCCGGCUCCAGUCUGCAGAAAUCGGAUUGGAGAGAGGAGAGAAUAUGAGAAUACCUGUAGAUGUGACAGGGGCGACACAGCUCUAGAUUUUGACUCACAAGGAACACCCAGGGGCAAUUGUACAGGGUUGGAUGAGAAUGAAGGAGAUAAUUUAGACAAAGUUUGGUGUUUUCUAGAAAAUAUUAGGGACCCACAGGACCCUAAGAGUGGGUGCUACUCGGACACUACAUGGUCUUCAAGAGAUGGAAGAUACUGGUCUGCCCUUGCUUGCUCACAGGAUCCAGAUGUUGGAUAUGAUAUUUCCUCUCUAGACCUGGAACUAGAUAGAUCUUUUGAAAACCGUCCUCAGGCUACUGGAAGACCUGCUCAGAACCCUGCAUUGUUUACCCCGAGAACUUUUAGUUCAUCAACAACUGAGGCCAGUAUUAAAGAGGAACCAAGAUCAUCUUUAAAAAUUGAACAAAAUUCAAAAGAUUCUGAUGUAUUGUAUGAUUACUACGACGACAUAUUCAGCUAUGAUUACAAAAGUGAAUCCGAAGAAUAUGACGAGUAUUCAACACAAACCGAAUCUGACGGUGGUAUUGGUGUUCAAGACAUACUCGACACUGGAGAUCUGAACGAUGAAACAUCAACAGAGGAGUUUGAUUCAACUGACUCCUUUAUUUUCAUUCCAGAGACCACGCCAGAGCCAUUCCCUUCAUUUAUUCCUCCUUCGGGCUUUGGAAGAAGAAAUUCUAAACAUCGAGAUGCAGCUGGUAGAAGGCUGAUCAAUAUAGACCCAAGAAACAGAAAUCCAAUUCAGAUUAUCGCGGAUAAAGUUAAAGCAAACACUCGGCAUCUAGAAAAUAAAUCUAGAACUAGACCGACUCCCAAUCCGACAUUAAAGGAAACUUUUAGAUCUGUCGGGGCUGACAGUGAUUUUCUGGAAGGAGAGUUUGGGUUGAAUAAUAUUCCUGUGGCUCUGGAUCUGUUUGAGGAGGAAAUAUUUCAAAAAAUUCCAACCGAACCAAGUUCAAGAGAGGACAGAACUGAACCCAGCUGGAGGGAGGAUAGAAAUGAUAUCUUCGGAAGUGAUGAACGAAUUGAACAAGCGGGGAGGGGAAGAAGAAAAAAUCCGUUUCGUCGAGGUCAAUGGGGGAAAACUACAACAGUAAAAGUCCCAGUAUUUAGUCCUCUGUUUAUUGGUUCUAAAGUAGUGAGAACUGAGAAAGAGCAAAUGCACGAACAAACAGAUGCUUCUAAUGAUGACAUUAAAGAUACUUUUAUCCCGGACACUGGCAAUAAUCUUCCACUGGGAUUAGAUGAAGACAGUGAUUACUACGUUUACAAUGAUAUUGAAUAUGAUCGAGACGUUAUAGCGCAGCAAAGAAAAGAGAUUGAAGAUGCCUUAGUCCAAGACGUCAAGGGUACAGUUACAGAGAUAGUCCAUGAUAAAGGUUCUAAACUCAAAGGAACAGUUGAACAUGAUGAAUCUGACGUUCUUGCUGAAUCUGACGUUCUUGCUGAAUUGGAUAAACCUACUAAUACUGUUGGGCCUAUAAAAGCUGAAAUAUCUGUUGAAUCAGAUGAAUCCUCUGUGACGGAUAUACCGAAUGAAUCCUCUGUGACGAAUAUACCGAAUGUGUUUAAAAAUCUUCCAAAGAAAUCUGGCCCAGGAAAAGGAACGGGGGAUAGGAGAGGCUCAAAACCCACUCAGAUUGAAAUUAAUCCUUCAGAACGCGAGUUUAUACUGCAACUGCUGAAUGAAAGAGAAACAACAACAACUGAUUAUACUCCACUUACAACAGGUAGAAAUACACCUCAGACAACUCCAGCAGGAACUGCAGCAGACACUCCUCUAACAAUUGCAGCAGGAACUCUGGAAACUACUGUCGUAGGAACUCCGGAAACCACUGUUGUAGGAACUCCGGAAACCACUGCGGUAGGAACUCCGGAAACUACUGUGGCAGGAACUCCGGAAACCACUGAGGUAGGAACUCCGGAAACUACCGUGGCAGGAACUCCGGAAACCACUGAGGUAGGAACUCCGGAAACUACUGUGGCAGGAACUCCGGAAACCACUGAGGUAGGAACUCCGGAAACUACUGUGGCAGGAACUCCGGAAACCACUGGGGUAGGAACUCCGGAAACUACUGUGGCAGGAACUCUGGAAACCACUGGGGCAGGAACUUUGACAAACACCCCAGCAGGAACUCUUCUUACGAACGCGGCAGGAACAACUAUAACAACCAUGACAGGAUCUCAGACAACAACUGCUUUUGGAGCUUCGACAACCACUGAUUCUGGAGCUUCAACAACCACUGAUUCUGGAGCUUCGAUAACUGCCACUGAUGGAAUUCAGACCUCAACCGCUGCAGGAACUCAAACAACAACUGCUGCCAGAACUUCAACAAUAACCGUUGCAGAAAUUACAAAUAUAACCGCUGCUAGAAUUCUGACAACAGUUACAUCAACUUUAGAAUCCUUGUUGAUAUCUGAAUCUUUAACUGAAACAUCUGUAACUACUGCAUCUUCUAUAUCUACACCGAACUCAUUGGCAAUCACUACUGCAUCAUUUUCCACGUCAUCUAAAUCAAUGUCACCGUCAUCAUUAUCUACUUCAACAGAAUUUACUACAUCUGAAUCCUCAUCGUCCUCCAUGUCAUCAUCAUCAUCAACAUCAACAUCAACAACCAAAUCAACCACAUUGUUAACGAAAUCAUCAUCAAACGAAUCUUUAAAGACAAAUUCAUCAGCAUUUGAUGAUAAAAUUGACUUGAUGGAAGAUACAUUAGAGAAGGAACAACCAAAUAUUGAUCCUGAGGAUAAGCAAAAGAAAGUGAUCAAGAUGAAUACGAUUGUCGAGAAAAUGAAGAAGAUCAAGACAGAAGAUGAUCUGAAGAAACCCAGGACUCAAGAGGAGUUGCAGAAUGUGAUUAGUUCUGGUAUAGUUAACCUUGGAAUAUUCGGGCUAUGGAGUACAAGAUCUGGAGUAGUAAAUACAAGUCCAAUGCCAGUAUUCAGGCCUGAUCCAGCACUUAAAUUCAACCGAAGAUAGAUCAUUUAAACAUAUUCAGCCCAAUUUAUUCCUUAUAAGCUGCUCUUUAACCCUUUCAGCCCAAUCCAUCAAUAGUUGCUCUUUAAUACUUUCAUCCCAAUCCAUCCAUAGCUGCUCUUUGAUACUUUCAGCCCAAUCCAUCCAUAGUUGCUCUUUAAUACUUUCAGCCCAAUCCAUCCAUAGUUGAUCUUUAAUCCUUUCAGUCCAAUCCAUCCAUAGUUGCUCUUUAAUCCUUUCAGCCCAAUCCAUCCCUAGUUGCUCUUUAAUCCUUUCAGCCCAAUCCUUCCCUGAGCUGCUCUGUAAUCCUUUCAGUCCAAUCCAUCUCUAGCUACUCUUUAACCAUUUUAACCCCAUCUUUCCCGAGCUGCUUUUUAACCCUUUCAACCCAAUCCAUCGCUAGCUGCUGUUUCACCCUUUCAACCCUAUCAAUCACUAAGCUGUUAAAUUUAACCCUUUCAGCACAAAAGCAUCCCUAAUCUGCUCUUUAACCCUUUCAACUCAAUCCAUCGCUAGCUGCUCUUGAACCCCUUCAAUCCUAUCCUUCUCUGAGCUGCUCUUUAACCCUUUCAGCCCAAUCCAUCCAUAGCUGCUCUUUAAUUCUUUCAGCCAAAUCUAUCCAUAGUUGCUCUUUAACCCUCUCAGCCCAAUCCAUCCCCUGUUGCUCUUUUACUUUUUAAGAUCCAUCCCUGUAGAUGCUCGUUAACCCUUUUAACCCUAUCUAUCCCACAGCUACUUUUUAGCUCUUUCAGCACAAUCCAUCCCUAGCUGCUCUGUAACCAUUUUAACCCGAUCUUUCCCUAGCUGCUUUUAACCAUUUCAACCCAAUCCAUCGCUAGCUGCUCUUUCACCCUUUCAACCCUUUCAAUCACUGAGCACUCAGCAAAAUACAUCCCUUAGCUGUUCUUUAACCCUUUCAACCCAAUCCAUCGCUAGCUGCUCUUUAACCCUUUCAGCCCAAUCCAUCCCCUGCUACUCUUUUACCUUUUUAGCCCAAUCCAUCCCUGUAGAUGCUCGCUAACCCUUUUAACCCUAUCUAUCCCACAGCUACUUUUUAGCUCUUUCAGCACAAUCCAUCCCUAGCUGCUCUGUAACCAUUUUAACCCGAUCUUUCCCUAGCUGCUUUUUAACCAUUUCAACCCAAUCCAUCGCUAGCUGCUCUUUCACCCUUUCAACCCUUUCAAUCACUGAGCACUCAGCACAAUACAUCCCUGAGCUGUUCUUUAACCCUUUCAAUCCAAUCCAUCGCUAGCUGCUCUUUAACCCUUUCAGCCCAAUCCAUCCCCUGCUACUCUUUUACCUUUUAAGCCCAAUCCAUCCGUAUAGCUGCUCUUUAACCCUUUCAACCCUAUCCUUCCCUGAGCUGCUUUUUAUUCAUUUUAUUUCAAUCAAUCCAUAGCUACACGUUAACCCUUUUAGUUCAAUCAAUUCCUGUGCUUCUAUCUCUUUCAGUUCUAGUCAAAUUAAAUGUCUACAUAUUUAUGGCCUGGAUAAAGCAACCUUGAGACGAUAAACACUCUAAAUGGCAACCUGGCUCUUUGAAAGUCUAAACAGAAUUUGCAAAGGUUUCUAACUUAUUUUUAUCAUUUUUUUGUAAGAAUUUAUCUAGUAAGAUACUUGUAGAUACUUGAGAAAAGAAUAUAAAUAUAAAUUAUAUGUGUAAA